AUGGCCGCCUCUUUUCCCCGUCAUGCCAAAUCAUGCAUUUUCCCCCGCUCCUUCCGAAAUGCUCUCCUCCUCCUACUCCUACUCCUCCUACUGCCGCCACCGCUGCCGUCCCCCACGUUACUGCUACUCUACCCUACGCGACUCGCCGUUCCGUCCUGCUGCGCCGCCGUCUUCGCCGUCGACCUGACGUCAGCGCGGAGCCACGUGGCUUCCAUCCAUAGGACAGUCGAGCAAUCUCGCCGCCGCGAACUGCUGCUGUCGGUGGCAGCGCGAUCCGCGGAGGCGUCUGGUUCGGAGACAAAGCUUCUUUAUGAAGCUCAAGCUCGGAAGCCGAGUUCUUCUAUCAAGCCCGCAGCUGGGACGGCGGCAGCUGGGACGGCAGCACCUGGGACGGCAGCAGCUGGGACAGCAGCAGAUGGGACGGCAACAGCUGACCAGCCUCGCCGUCGCGUGCUGCUGCCACGGGAGGCGCCUGAGACGCUCGGGUCGGGCAUGCAGCUUCACGAGGAUUUGACGCCGCUGUGGGACAUGGCGGCGCGCGUUGCCAUUAACGGCACUGUGCUUGUCGUGGUCUCCAAUGCCGGCUACACUGACAUGCUGGAGAACUGGGUGCGCCAUGUCAGCAAUGCGGGGCUGGGAGCGCACUUUAUCCUCUUUGCCGAGGAUGAGGAGACCCUUAGGUUCGGCCAGACCAGAUGGCCCGGGCAGACAAUCCACCUGACCCUUCCCGACCAAUCACUCUCUGCCACCUGGCAGCCCGCCUUCCCGCACUCCCCACACUCUGCCACGCGGGCAGGCACUCUCUCCUUCCACCUCCUCGCCUCCCGUCGCAUUCUCUACCUGCUCCACCUCCUCUCCUUUGGCUUUAACCUCCUCUAUUCCGACACAGACGUCGCCAUUCUGCGCAACCCUCUCCCGGAAAUCAAUGCCGAUCCGAAACAAACGUUUGACAUAGCUCUCACUUUCGACGGGUACGAGUCGAAUUGGCAGAAAAAAACAGUGCAGGUGGAGAGUUACGGCGUCGCGAAGCUAGCUGACCGGAAACUUUCCGUUUCGAGCUCGCUGCUUUUCCUCCGCCCGACGUCGGGGGCUAAGUGCUUGGUGGGGGACUGGGCUAAUCGAGUGAUGAAGUUGGGGAGGGACGAAGGGACAGAGCAAGAGCAUUUAAACGCGCUGAUUGUCGAAAUGGAUAAGUAUGGACUUUUGCCGAGAAUCGCCGUGCUGCCCGCGCAGAAAUUUCUGUCCGGGCAGCUGCUGCUGGAGGAUGAUUGGGCGACGGUGGAGGCUUUGAAGGGGGAGCUGGUGACGGUGCAUGCGGGCGGGCUGAUGGGAAAAGACGCCAAGAGGUAUGCUCUGAACAAACUAGGGUUUUGGAUUGGGGAGUUGGAUGGAGCAACACCAGUACCAGCAGCAGCAGCAGCAGCAGCAGCAGCAGCAGCAGCAGUUGGAGAAGAGGAGAGUGGAGGGAAAGAAGCAACAGCAGGAGGAGAAAGAGGGGAAGCAGCAGCAGCGACAGCCUCAGAGCCUGCUCUCUCUUCGAAUGAGGACAGCAAAUGGCCUAGUACCAGCGAAACUAGCACCCUCAGCAGCAGCAGCAGCAGCAGCAGCAGUGUCCGUGCAGGGGACAAGGGGCCGUUCUGUGUGGGGCUGCUGUGUCCCGAGAUGCAUGUAUCGGAGGAGGAGGUGGUGCUGCUGUCCGUGCAGCCGUGGGUGCCGCGCCACGUGGAGAAAAUGGAUGCUCUUGUUCCCAUGUUGGCCUCAGCCGACCGCUUUGUCAUCGUCACUGCUGCGUGUAAAGGUCAAGUCCCUCUCUUCACCAACUGGUUCAACGCCAUGCACUCUGCUGCCAUGGCUGGCCAUGUGAUCGCCUCCGUGCCCCAAGAGGUGGAGGGUACGAGUGAGGGCCUGUUGAGGCAGCCAGACGAGAGUGAGUCGCCCUACAAGGCAGCCCUCACGUGCCUGCUGCUGCCGUCUCUGCUCAUGGAGCGAGUGCUCAAGCUCGGCUACAACGUCAUCUACAGUGACAUCUCUUCUGUAUGGCUGCAAGACCCCCUCCCAUUCCUCCCUCCAGAGUACAACGCAGUUCUCCCCUCCUCUGUCCCCUCAUCCUCCCAACCACCGCCGCCCGCCAACAACAAAAUAGACAGCAAACUCAAGCGCACCCUGCCAAUCUCCCGCCCCAACUUGGGUUAUUUCUCUCCUUGGUUCGUCGCGCUUCGCCCCUCCCGGCCGAUUCUCCUGAUGCUGAAAGAAUGGGCCGUUCUUGCUCUAGAAGACUUUCGGGAGAGGGCAGCCGUGGCGCAUAGAAACUCCCUUGUGCGCUCGUUAUCCGCGUCGGAGAGCUUAAAAGUGGGACUGAAUGAGGCUAUAACGAGGAUGGUUGAGGAGGGGGAGCCGGGGUCGAAUGUUGGCGUGUUGUCGCGGUGGUUGUUUCCUCCCGUUUGGAAGGUUAUGGGGGAGAGGGAAUGGUUUGCGAGGCAUAGGGAAGAGGUGGUUGCAGUUCCGAAUGAUUGCGGGGAUGAUGUGAGUCAUAGAGAGAUGUGCUUCAGGGACUUGAAGCUGUGGGUGUAG